AUGGCUAAAGUGAAUGCGAAAAAAAAUAAAGAUGGUUCCUGUUAUUCUCAUACUGUCGCAUCGGGCGAAACAUGCCAAUUUAUGAUGGAUAAGUUUUCCAUUACUAAGAACAAUCUUAUGCAAUGGAACAAAAACAAUUUUGGUUGGAUGGGAUGUGAUAACGGCCACCCGUGGAUCGGAGAUAAAGUAUGUGUUAGUGACGGUACGCCUCCAAAGCCAGCACAUAACAAGCUUGCUGAGUGUGGGCCUCAGGCUUCUACCGACGGAACUAAUAUCAAAUGUCCUUUAAAUGCUUGUUGUAGUCCAUAUGGCUUUUGCGGCUUAACAUCGGACUUUUGUGCUGUGACUAAAAGUCCAACUGGUGCUCCAGGUACAGCAGGCUGCCUCUCGAACUGUGGAUACGGGAAGGUUCAUACAGACACAAGAUCUGAUUUUAAGAAAAUAGUGUAUUGGUUAGACGCGGAUGACAAGUUGCGUACUGAUCCUAAAGCCUUGAAGAGUUACUAUUCUGUUCAUUAUUCGUUUGUGAAUAUUAAGUCGGACCUCACUAUAGACGACUCUAAAAUUGCGAAAAGUACUUUCUUAGGUAUUAGCAACAAGAAGAUCGCCAGUUUUGGGGGUUGGGAAUUUAGCACUUCGGCAUCCACGUAUAAUAUAUUUAGAAAUGGUGUUGCUGAUGCAAAUAGGGAAAAAUUUGCUACAAAUUUAGUUAAUUUUUUGAAAAAAUACAAUUUAGAUGGUAUUGAUUUGGACUGGGAAUUUCCUGGUCUCUCUGGUAUUCCUGGUAUUCCAGAUGACGAUAAAAAGGAUGGCCAAAGGUAUUUAGAAUUGUUGAAACUUAUUAAAUCUAAAUUGCCAGCCGGAAAGACUUUGUCUAUAACCAUUCCUGCUUCUUUUUGGUACUUGAAGAAUUUCCCAAUUAAGGAUAUGCAAAAAUAUAUUGAUUACCAAGUGUUUAUGACCUACGAUAUUCGUGGUACCAAUAGCGAUAAUAUUGUUCAAUGUCACACUAACAAAACUGAAGUCAUUAAUGCUCUUCAAAUGUUAGAUAAGGCAGGGGUACAAAUAGGAAAAACAUACGGUGGUUUAGCUAAUUACGGGAGGUCAUAUAAAUUAUCCUCAACAUCUUGUUCUAAGGUCGGGUGCCCAGUUUCCGGUCCAGGCAAGAAGGGCCCUAUAGUUAAUACUGAUGGUGUAUUGGCUCAGUCUGAGAUUGAUGACAUUAAGACCUGGGGUGUUAAAAAUAAGAGAUGGACUGAUGAAGCAUCUCAAUGUGACUUUAUGAUUUAUGAUAGUAACAAUAUUGUUGGCUGGCCAAAAGCCGGACAAAGAAACAGUAUGGAAGAUUUCUUUCACCAUUCUGGUUUAGCCGGCUCUGUGUUAUGGGCAGCCAAUUAUAACUAA